AAGGGAACAUUGGGGACUGAGAUGGAAUGAUACACAAUCAAUGUCAUCAUCUUUUUGUGUUAAUUUCCUUUAUAUAUUCGAGCAAAAAGGAGCAUACGUUCAUUAAUCGUAAGUUAACUCUACAAAACGUUAGCAGCAUGAAACUUUUCGGACCGCUAAUUUUAACAUACAUUGUUCUACUUUUCUUUGACGAAGGAAUAUCUUUGAAGUGUCGUUCUGGGAAUCAACAAGUGGACGCACGAUAUCAAAAAGUGUUGAUGAUUUGUAAAAAGAGAUACACUGAUUCGAAUACAGACAAUUCGGAAGAUUCUGCUUCGGAGAAUAACAGUUCAGAAAGCGGCUCAAAUUCUAACGAGAAUGUUUAUGAUAAAAAUUAUUUUGAUACAAAGGACGGCAGGUCUUACAAUCAGUCCACAAAUACUCAAAGAUAUAGAAAUUCUAAUAGAAACAGCGAUAUGAAUACUUCUGAUCGUUCAGUAAAUGGAAAUAUCAGACAUUUUCAAAACAUGAAAAAUAUUCGUAAAUCAAAUAAUCAAAAUUCAUGGAAUUCCAGAGAUUCACAAAAUAAAAAUAACUAUCGUAAUGGAGAAAUGAAUAACGGAGACAUGAAGUUUGAUAAUAAUACCGGUCAAGAUCAAGCUUGUAUCAUGCAGUGCUUCUUCAAUGAAUUGAAUGUUGUGGAUCAGAAAGGAUUUCCAGAAAGGGAUAUGGUAAUUCCAUUAAUGAGCCAGAAUAUUCAAGAUCCAGAAUUGAAAGACUUUGUUGAAGAAUCAAUCACAGAAUGCUUUCAUUACCUACAAUCAAACAAGAGAGAGAAGUGUGAAUUUUCGCAGAACCUUUUAACAUGUCUGGCUGAAAAAGGGCAACAAAAAUGUGAAGAUUGGGAAAAUUAAAAGAAUGUCUUCAUUAUGAUUUUUUCAACCACAUAAGAAGAUAAAAGAUUAUAUAGAACACAUGUGUAAUAAAAAAAGUUAUAAACAGCCAUCCGAGUAAAUUUAUGUGAGCAUAUAAUAGCUUUAGUAAAAUUGCAAAUACUUUAUAGCAUAAUGUUUUGUUAACACUUUUUCGCUUAAACUGUUUAUACAGCAUUAUUAAAAAAAA